CCAAGGGAGCGCGGUCGCCGCCGCCUGCCUGCCCGGGUGCCCGCGUGCCCGGGCAGCGGUGGGCCAGGAUGUCGGGUUUCCUGGAGGAGCUGCUGGGCGAGAAGCUGGUGACGGGCGGCGGCGAGGAGGUGGACGUGCACUCGCUGGCUGCCCGCGGCAUCUCGCUGCUCGGGCUCUACUUCGGCUGUAGCCUGAGCGCCCCCUGCGCGCAGCUCAGCGCCAGCCUGGCCGCCUUCUACGGCCGCCUGCGGGGGGACGCGGCGGCUGGGCCAGGGGCUGGGGCUGGCCCGGGGCCGGGGGCCGGGGCGGCGGCGGAACCCGAGUCGCGGCGCCGCCUGGAGAUUGUCUUCGUGUCCUCGGACCAGGACCAGCGGCAGUGGCAGGACUUCGUGCGGGACAUGCCGUGGUUGGCGCUGCCCUACAAGGAGAAGCACAGGAAGCUUAAACUUUGGAACAAAUAUCGAAUUUCCAACAUUCCAUCACUAAUAUUCUUAGACGCCACCACCGGGAAGGUCGUGUGCAGGAAUGGGCUGCUGGUGAUCCGCGAUGACCCAGAGGGUUUGGAAUUCCCUUGGGGGCCUAAACCCUUCAGGGAAGUCAUUGCAGGGCCCUUGCUUAGAAAUAAUGGGCAGUCCCUGGAGAGCAGCAGCCUGGAGGGGUCUCACGUGGGAGUCUAUUUCUCUGCACACUGGUGUCCACCCUGCCGAAGCCUCACCCGGGUCCUGGUGGAAUCCUACCGGAAGAUCAAGGAGGCGGGCCAGAAAUUCGAGAUCAUCUUUGUUAGUGCAGACAGGUCAGAGGACUCAUUCAACCAGUACUUCAGUGAGAUGUCGUUGCAUGCAGUUCCCUACCCCGACGAGGCCCGGCGGUCGCGCCUCAACCGGCUGUAUGGAAUCCAAGGCAUCCCCACCCUCAUUGUGCUGGACCCACAGGGGGAGGUGAUCACGCGGCAGGGGCGGGUGGAGGUGCUGAACGAUGAGGACUGCAGGGGCUUCCCGUGGCACCCCAAGCCCGUGCUGGAGCUCUCCGACUCCAACGCCGUGCAGCUCAACGAGGGCCCCUGCCUCGUCCUUUUUGUAGAUUCUGAGGAUGACGGGGAGUCCGAGGCGGCCAAGCAGCUGAUCCAGCCCAUAGCUGAGAAGAUCAUCGCCAAGUACAAAGCCAAAGAGGAGGAGGCGCCACUUCUGUUCUUUGUGGCGGGGGAGGAUGACAUGACAGACUCCCUGCGAGACUACACCAACCUGCCCGAGGCUGCCCCUUUGCUCACCAUUCUGGACAUGUCAGCCCGGGCCAAGUACGUGAUGGACGUGGAGGAGAUCACCCCUGCCAUUGUGGAGGCCUUUGUGAAUGACUUCCUAGCAGAAAAGCUCAAACCAGAGCCCAUCUAGCCGCCCGCUUCCCGGAUGUUAUUUAAAACGCAUUCUUCUCCCCGCCCUGCCCCGCCCUGCCCCCACCCUUGGACUUUUCCGGGAUGUACCGAAUCACACAGCCCAAGUGUCCAACCUCUCUGUGGUGCCUUGUUUUCUGCAUUAACUCCUCAGCUAGCACCCUCGGGUGCGCAUCCUCUCCAGCAGCAGAAGAACCUCCGUGUUUGGAGACUCUGCUUGGGAUUCGCGGGGCUGGCAGAACCCGGCCCGAACCGGGACUGCAGCGUUCUCUUCGUCCCUAGCUCUUGGUGAGGUAUUUGCCAGGGUGUUCUUCUGUCAAGUGGGCACCAAGGGACAGAGCAUCGGUGCUCUGGCUCUGCCUUACGUGCCAGCACGUACGUGCAGAGCCCGAGGGUUCAGAGGCGCACAGGCGGUGGGUGGAGCAGGGAGAGGGUGGCAGCCGCGGAGGCCCCGUGCAGAGCUGCGGGCGAGGACGUCCUUUCCUAAGUGACUUGGUCUGUCUUGGCCUGAGGGAAAAACACCAGCUUGUCAGCCGGUUCUUGGGCAGGGGCUCUCCAGCCCUCAAAGGAAGUUUGUGUUCUUUUCUGGUGAGGAAGAGAGUAGCUAUGGUAAUGAUUCACGUACUAAUUGCUUACUUUGAUGGAGCGCCUCCCAUGUGAUAAGAAUGAGCUGCUCACUCCUUCCUUCUAGCUCUUUCUUCCUUGAUCUUGACCUUCUCCCAGUUUCUACCUUCUCAGAUGAACAGCCCUUACAAUCUUGGAAUGUUGUUACUAAGUUCUCCCCCUUGGACAUCUUCCCAAGAAGACGCGGUGGUCCUGUGUUCCCGGAGGAGCACCGCUCACCAGCGCAGACCUGACUCAGCCUGGCUCUGGGCCUGGGGCCGCUGGAGCUCUGCUGAGGUGCCCUUGCCCACCCUUGGUUACCCCUGCAUUCCCUUUUCUUCUCAAAGCAGAACUUAAAAGAGAGAAAAAAAUUACCAGAAGCCUAGCUUUUUCCUAAGAACCUGCAGAAAGGGCUGUGCCCUGAGGUGGGAGUGCAGGCCAAAGACAAGUCAGCUAAGAGUAGGCCCUGGGUCCGCCCUGCCGGGCCCAGCUCAGCUCCUUGUUUGGGCUGAACUGACCACAGAAAGGAAGCUAACAGCUGUGCUCUUAGGAUUUGGGAUGGAAGGCUUUGCCUAGGGCCUCACAGGGUUUCAGCCUAUCUCAGUCAGAAGUCAGGGCCUUUAAAAUAAUCUCAGGCCUCACCCCUGGCUCCACUCACAGCCAAUCAAGACCAUUUAUUUGGAAAACCCAGCCCCCUCCAAUUAGCUGUUGACAUGUUGCUCCUUGCUGAGUGGGAUUGUUGAUUUGUAGUUCAGAGGUACAAAUUUAGUUGGUAAUUAGACUGUUACUGUUACCAGCCUGAAAUGCAGUCACCUAGUAAGAAAUAAAACAGGCAUCUCUGGACGUUAUCAACCA